AUGGACAGACCUUCCCCAGUGAACAGGAUCAUUACCAAUGCGAAGCGUGAUGGUAUUGAUUUAACAGUACUUCCAUUCCUUGAUGAUGCACUGGAAUCUAUUGAAGCAAUAUCUCAAUCUAUCAGAUCUGAUUUGCCCGAUUUUGAGAAUGCAACGAAGAUCGAUACUCACGUUCAUCCAGUGCCAGACUGGUUCCGUGAGCUGCAACCUCUUGCUGCCGGCCGCAGAACACCUUCAUGGGACGUAGAUUCGCAUCUAAACUUUAUGGCAGAGCAAAAGAUCAAACGGUCCAUACUUUGUUUCAGCACCCCUCAGGCAAACGCUUUCCCCGCCGAUAGAGCGAAGACAAUCGCAUUGGCGAGGCUUUUGAAUGAAUUCAAUGCUGAGUUGGGAUGCGCGUACCCGCAGCGAUUUUCCUGGCUUGCAGUGACUUCAUUACCAUAUCUAGAAGAGGCUAUAAGAGAAGUGCAGUACUGCCUUACAGAAUUGGGUGCGCUUGGUGUUGGUAUAUUGACGAAUCAUGAAGGCAUUUAUCCAGGAGAUAAGUCUUUCAACCCUCUAUGGGAGUAUCUUCAAAACCAAGAAGAUGACAGGGCAGUCGUCUUCAUUCACCCAACUGAUCCAGUCAUUCGACUCGAGGACGGAAGAUUCCUUAACUCCAAUCCAUCACCACUACGCGCUGGUCUGGGCGAGUUUUACUUCGAGACCGCCCGGGCAAUAUCGAGUAUUACAGCGAACAGAACUAUCUUAGAGUAUCCUAACAUUCAUUGGCGAGUAUCGCAUGGGGCGGGAGCCUUCCCAAGUAUCCAAGAUCGCUUCUUGAUAGGAUUUCCAAAAGACGCAGAAGAUGUAAGAAAGGCAUACGCAACAAGGUUUUGGUACGAUAGCGCCGGUCCUGUGUAUCCAAAUCAGAUCAAGGGGUUGAUGGCAAACGGUGUACCCACCAGUCAAUUCGUUUUUGGAACGGACUACCCAUAUGGAAUGGGCUUUUGGGAUGUCAAUGCAAAUGUUGCUGCCCUAGUUGAUGCCAAAUUCCUCUCUGACGCCCAGAAGGAAGCGAUUUUAUUUAGGAAUGUGGAGCGACUUUGGACGAGCAGAUUUCAUCUGCAGUAAGGGCGCGACCUCCUUCGGAUGGGAUGAUUCCGUGGAAUCGAUUCACUUCUUCUUCAGGAUAGAAAAAAUUUGUUCUCCAAGAUUGUCAAAGCCAUUUUGAAAGACUUUGCGGCCCGCCAGUUCACUUGCAAACGCUAUCUUCCGUCGCAAUGACCAUGUUUGGCGAUGAAGAAUGCAGAACAGAAUUCCAGCGAUAAACGAAUCACCCGCACCAACGGGACUGCCACA